AUGACUGGAAUCAAGACACCAGUGGCUAAAAUUCCGAGCUCAACUUAUGGUGUUUGUCUUUUGGCGUCCAUUCUCAUCAACAUUUUCUUGAUCGCUUAUUUUCUGCAAAAGGGUCGCUGGAAUUCGGAGCUCAAAAGCUGGAGCGAAGUUGCAGCUGCAGAAGCCGAAGCUGUGGCAUCAAUAAAAUGCUCAGGCCAUGGCAGAGCUUAUGUUGAUGGGUUGAGGAUUGAUGGAAAACCAGUUUGCGAGUGUAGUUCUUGUUAUCAAGGUCCCGAUUGCUCCAAAAUCAAUCCUGAUUGCCCUGCUGAUGCCGAAAGAUUUCAUUUCAAGUCUAAAAGCUAG